ACAAUAAUAGAAUGUGCUGUUUAUCAUGUGUUGAAAUGUUAACAGAAUGUAAUAUAUGGCCAUAACUUCGUCGAUCUACCGUUUGCUGUGCAGUCAAACGUUCCUCGUAAGUCAGAUUUAGAGUCUCUUUCCUGAAUUUUGCGAGAGUAUUUUGCCUUUUUGGGACUAUCUUUAUGUAUCCUGUGAAUCUCCUCUAAUAACUUCGUCUUAUGAUUUAAAUUUUCCCCACAUAAGUCAACGAUUCUUAUCUGUAGGUUCGCACAAGCACAAUAUCCUUUCCGCAACUGCUAGGCAAAUUGAUAUGCAGGAAUCGAAGCUGGAAAACUCAUCACUUGUAAAAAAGCUUAAAUAAUUUUUAUACGUUCAUUGUAAACGCGAAGAACGAUCGUCAACCGCUGUCUUUUCUUUCGAUAUAAUUCAUGAACUAGUUACACGUCGAUAUCUUUUGCGGUGUGCUCAGAAAUUGUUUUUCUAUGAUAAACCACAUCUUUAUAACAAUUAAGCCUCUGAAAAUAAUUAUCAAAAAUAUACGUAGAUGCAGUAUCACUGUAUGUGACGAUAAAUUGUUGGUUUUUGUUUAUUUUUGGCAAAAGAUGACGGUAGUGUGUGCGUUAUUUCUUUUCUUUAUAUGAUAAAACAAAAUUUAUUCUAGGGAUAGUACUUUUUUGUAUGUAGUUUAUGAAUAGGUUAACCUGUUUUUAUUUACAAGAGAACAGAAGAGUCAGAACUGUUGAAAUUCAAAAUAGUUUGCUAUACAUAAAAAGCCUCACUCAAGGAGUUUUGCUGGCAGUGUUGCAUAAACCACCAGGGCUCAGUAUCGUAGUCCGCGGCAAGUAGUUUUUCUUGCUUUCUUAAUUAGAUGGCUCAUGCAGUUGCUGAAUGGGCAAGGGUGUAAGCAAUUCAUCCUUUAGAGCGGUUUUCACUUGACUGUCGUAAAACCAAAACUAAAGUAAAUACACUAGCCAACCAAAGGGCGUAGUAAAACCAAAACCAAACCAAUUCCUCAAUUACUUUCGACAGUCAAGUGAAAACCGCUCUAACAAAAUCAUUAACGACAUGUAGCAAAAAAUGGCUGCAGGGGAGGCAAAAUAUGAGAACCAUGCACUGUAAUGCCUCUCUUGCAACAUGAAUUUAUGUAUGAUAAAAUAGGACUUAAUUGUGGUGACGUUUGUGUUGUAUUUAUACUUUUCAGUUGAUGAUUAACCAGUACAUGCAACAAUAGAUUUUGUAUGGAGCCAUUUCCUCAGAGCAAGGCUGAGGGGACAAAGAAAGUUAUUGUUGCUACCAAGAACACCAGCAACAAUGUCCUUAGAGCACGAUCAGCCAAAGGUGCCGCUUCCCCACAACAUCACAAAAAUCGUCCUGCAAAGACUUUCCCUGGCAGUCCCCCAGCAAAUGGCAGCCUGAUAAAUCUGUCCUGGCAUAACGUAAGAAACGGCAGCCCAGACAAAACCCCUCUGGGGCAUUACCAAUCAGGAACAAGUUUUGAAACUUCAAGCAAUGGUGUGCGACUGAAUUCCAGUAAUUUUCUGUCAGAAUCCAAGUUUAAUGCAACACUGUUUUCAUCAGCUGCUGGUCAUAGCAGUCGUGGGUUAGAUGAUGAGGAAGCCAUGGACAUUGACCACCAAGAUAUUGAUAUAAAUGAUGAAGCUGCCUGUGCUGUGGCCACAUGUGACAGUGCUUCUAAGCUAACAGAAGGAAUUUCAUCUGCUCAUGAGCGGCCUAGAGCACCAAAACACAAGAUUAUUACUGAUGAUUAUACAGCUGAUGAAGAAAAAAAUAGAAAAGCCUCCAGCACUAAACCAAUGGUAACAAACUCUUUUCUAGCCUGCCCAACAGAUAGAACAAAAUGUCUGGUUAAGUCGUACAAAACAGAGUCAAAAUCCUUGUUCUGUGCUCCAACCUGUGUUCCAGCAUUUCCGUAUGUGCCGUGAUUGGCCUGUUAAAAAAAAAGCCAUUGUCAAUUUGCCAAUCAGGUUGAGAGGAAAUUCAAAAUGUAUUUCUGGUAAUUCAUUGAGUCUGUUGUGGGCCCAGAACAAGGAUAUCACCACUGCUUCAUAGACAUUACUAACCGUGUUUUGAUUAUGUCUGGUAGACAGGUUAACCUCUUUCAAAUUUAUGUUUACUACCUAGUUGGUAACCCUUAAAGUCCAUUUCUGAACGAAUUCGCAUAUCACACGUUCUUCUUAUUCAUUUGGAAUUGAUACAUUGUACACAAUGAUACACAGUGGCACCGGAGUUCCUUUGUAAACUAUACCCAAUCCCAGACCAAAAUGGGCAAAAUUUAGACCCAUUUUCAUACCAAAAUGGUGCAAACACCCUACCCUUUGGGCGACCCAUACCUACAUGUAUAUGGCUUAUGUAAGGGAGUCCCCCCGGACAUGUACAUGUAGCACACCGAUGACUGGCUACUGAAAUUACUGAAUGCAUUCAGUAUUUUGUAUCUGGCCUUAAGAAUUAUUGCUUUUCUGACCUAUGGAUAUUAGGGACAUUGUGGACACAACAUGACUGCAUAGUGUUUCAGUUUCUGUAGAAACUGUAAACACCAUAAUAUUGUCACUGAAUGUGUAACAGCGUUACUGUAUUCAUGAAUUGUACAGGAAACCAAAGAGGAGUCAAGUGUGCCAAUUGUAAACCAGGAAAAGGAAACAGUAACAAUUGCACCUGAUCAGAAGGUUACAUCUACAGAUAGCUUACCACAGAAGAGGAGAGCAAUUUACAUAGUACUGCAUGUUAGCACUAUUAAGAUUGGACAGCUGGUUGGUAAAGCAUCUGCACCUGUUAAGGUAAAACAUUGCAAUACUGGUCUUGAAAGGGUUACACAAGUAUAACCCCAGUAUAGUAUUAGAGAACUCACGCAACCAUAAACUAAUAAAUUUAUUAGUUGACUCAUAAGUCUUUGUUUUGAGUUUAUCACUUGCAAAAAAUGUUAAAUGAGGCAGUUUCAUGUCAUAGGCGUGCAAUGAUGGCAAGAAAUUUACGAAAAAGCAUGAUGCACAUGCAAAGUUGUUCUUCUGCUAAUUAAAUCUAUUGUUUGUUUGUUUGUUUGUUUGUUUAUUUUCUUGCUGUUCUUGGUGCUUUUACCAUUGUAGGUGCUUAAUUUAAACACUGCAGGCCACAGAAUUUAAAAUAGGGCAUUAUUUUUUGUGACAGAGAAAAUCAUAUAACUUUUCACAGAACAAUUUGUGUUUAUUGUCCCCCCUGGCAUUUUUGUCCUUAGAAAGUAAAUAUUGACUUUCAUAAAAUUUUUGUAGAUUUAUGCAGAAAAAGUUUUUAUAGAAAUGGAGACAGCUGAAGGUAUAGUAAAGUUAUUAUUAUUUCAUUCAUUCUUCUUAUUUUACUUAUCCUUUCAAAUAAUUUAUUCACCACGAGAAAUUUUUUUUAGACAGUGACACAAGUGGCUCAGAAGAAAAAAAUCCGAGUACAUGUAGUCCCAAUAGGGGUACAGUUUCACCAGUUUCCACGGUUCACUAAGGUGUUCAACUAAUGUCGAUUCACCCAUGAUGCAUUCAAGUGCAGUGAUUUUGUUACAGGAUUUUGGUAACAGGUCAAAUUGAACAUUAUUUACUAUGCAUGAUACUGAAGUAUAUUAAUACAAAGGUGUGUGUUUAUUUUUUAGGAAAUGGAUGCAAAAGGGCUUCUUAUCAUUUCAGAAUUCCUUGCAAAGAUUUAACAGAGUGCAGGGUACAUGAAUUAUUUUUGAACCUGUUUUAGCUACAACUAAAAACAGAGAUAUCGGUUACAAAUAUUUUUGAUAGUUUUCAAUUUUUAAUUAUACAUUUGUUUUUAGUAUUAUUCUUAUUUUUCUCAUAACUGUUGUAUGCAUAACCCCACCAGCACUGCUGAUCUUCUUAUCUUGUUAAAUAAAGUUCUUAUCUUAUCUUAUUGAAAAUCAUCGGGAGAAUCUAAUGUUAGAUUUUGUAGAGUUUCGGGGUUAAAUCUUUGUUUGAAUCAUUCAUGCCACAAGCCUUUUUAUACAUAUUUUAAGACAGUAAUUUUUUAAAUUGACUUAGGUAAAUUUUGGUGGGUCACCUUUGCUUUUGGCCGUUAAACCAUCUGCUGCUGGGGCCAGUGCUAUUCAAGAAAAAUGCAAAGAAAGGGGCACGUUUCUGGAUCCUCAUAGUCAAGGUACACAAUAACCUUUACAUAAUAUGUAUGCAUGUACAGUGUAUAUAGCUGUACCCCUAGGUAGAGCCUUUCCUGUGUGGGAUUAGAGUGAUUGUACUCAAAUGUCCAGGUAGAGUAGGGUUUCCUAUGUGUAGUCUAGAACGGCUUUGAACAAGAAAAUGAUAUGUGGUUUAUUAGGAGGUUAGGAUGAUGUGGUGACGAUGUUAUAGAGACCCCACCUAGCGCCAGUUGUUCAAAAGGUAGAUAGCACAGUAUCCAAUGGAUAAAUCACAAUCCACUGGAUAGGGCAAUUGGUUUCCCCAAUACUUAUCUGCUGGAUACUGAUUUAUCCAGUGGAUAGUGCUAUUCAUCUUUUGAACAACCAGAUGGGGCUGUUAAUGACAUGAAACUCUUGAUUUUGUUCACAGACGUCAAGAAAAGGUACAUUGUUCUUGUUAUGAAUUACCACGUUGUGCCAAGGGACAUUAAGGCUGAUUUAACUGAACUGGUGAGUAUUCUCUUGUUUUAGUUGUAGUUCACGUUUUCAGUGUCAAUAAUAAUUAGAUGUGGCCAAUGUAAUUUACCAGUAGGCCAGGUUAAACAUGAAACAAUGCUGGCAAGGGAUCUCCUAGCCUGCCAAAAAAUCCGUUUCUCCUCACUCUUCACCGCUGGGGACGUUUCGCGUGGAGGAAUGUCUGCGACUCAGCUGCAAAAAUUCUAUAGUGAUGACAUAAAAUCUGUCCGAGAUCCAGUCAGAAGCGCUGAUUGGUUGAUGGAGUAGUUACAUUGUUUUAGCUAUUGUUUAUGAAUGACAGACAAAAGACAAAAGGCCACAAAGGUCAAAUGUAAACGCGAAGAAUCUCUAACAAAACAGUCAUCUUUGUGGCAUAUACUCUUCUCUAGAAGAAGCAGUUGAGUUUUGCUGGAGCUCGUUGGCAGAUGAACACCACACUUUACCAAAAUCAACCAGAAGACACGUAAAAUUGGACAAAUGUAUAUUUGGAACCCCAUGACUACCGGAUUUAUUAUGUAAACAUUGAUUUGCAUCAUCAGUAUGGAAUUUUUGCCACUGAGUUGCAGACAUUCCUCCACGCGAAACGUCCCCAGUGGCGAAGAGCGAGGAGAAACGGAUGUUUUCAGAAGGCUAGGAGUCUCCAUCAUUAAUCAUAUCAGGGGAGAUCUUUGGGUAUUGAAGGGCUCCGGUAAUUUUACAGUCCUUUUCCUGAGGUCGGUCAUUUCACUUAAGUUGCCUUCGUGUACAGUCGUUUUUAGCUGAUUUUGCCCCCACCCCUCCCUCCCUCUGGAUAUGUCUUGGUAGGUGUCUGCAAAAGACUCUCCACUGAGGUUCUCAGGGUGGUUACCUCCUCUGUGCUCUUGCAGCUCCCCCCAGUUUGUCCAGUCACCUCCAACAACAAUUUAUUCAGUAAUAAAAAAUCAAGUCUAACAAUAUUGGAUGCCCCGUUAAUAGCUAUUAAGCUAAUCUGGGUGGGGCGUGACAAGACACAGGCGAUACUGAAUACUUAUUACAAAGAGAAAAGAAAUACAAAUAAAGGUAGAAAGAAACACUGGAAGUUUUCACAACAGUUAUACCUGAUUAGUUUAAAUGUGAAGUACCGGUAUUGAAAUGUAUUAUGCCUUUUAUGAUACAUGUCAUGAUGUACUUUUCUUUUUUUAGUUUCAGAAUCGUUUUGCUGAUCAAUUGACUUGGAGUGAGCUUGGGUAAAAUUCGCCUUAUUUCUUGCGAACACCUUUUUCUCAUUGCUGUUACAUCUUAUUACAACUUCUGCACCACGCCUACUUAUAAUUCAAGAAGAUACCUUUUUUAACUCCAAAAGCCAAAUGCGGAUCUAAUUAUUCCUAAGAUGUGACCAUUCAAACAAACUCUUUUGGUACAAUGUUUUAGCAUCUACAGUGAUUUAGCUAAGUAAAAGCUAAGCAGACUUAUUUUAGUCAACCGGCUUUUUGCUUAACUUCACCCUUUUUGGCCAGUCACCAAAGACGUAGUCAAUAUAAACAACCAUACUUUAACUGCGGUGCUAAUAUUAUUAAAUCGUUAUUUAUUUUGAACAUAAGCUCACAAGAAGCUCAGGACAUUCUAGACAAGAAGGAUGAGCCUUCUUCUUCAGUUGAAGCAUCAAGUGCACAGUCACCAAAGCGGGCCAGUCCAAUCAGCAAAGAGCAACGAAAAAUAUUAACUCCUAAAGGUACAGUGACUAACCCUUUUAAAACUCGCGAUCGUUAUACGUUUUGGGAACUGCCCACCUACCCCUCCCCUAAACCAUCAUUUUGCUCUAAGUGAGAAGUAAGUGUUAAUGUUGGCUUAGGGGAGGGGUAGAUGGACAGCAAAACUCCUAACCUGUUGGUGUAGUCAUUUUACUGUUAAACGGAGUCAACACGGAGUUUGAAACACGGUAAACAAGUCACAGAUUGACUACGAGGGAUUGAUAAAGUCUAAUUGUGAAUUUUUGCAGGCAAAGGUGCUCGUAAAAAGCUCUUUGACGAGGGAUCAAAGUCUGCUCCGGUAAGGAAUUUCAUUUUUUUUUUUAAUUUAAGACUAAAAUCUUCCUUUUGUGCAAUCUCACGUUCUGUAGCCAAGCGUGAUACCCACCCAUCUUUGUACCCGAAGAGAAGUUACUUUACAAAGGGAAAAUUGGCCACGCGCGAGAAUAUCCUCUUCAUUCAACCUUACAUGUAACUUGAAUUUAUGGCAUUCACCUUUUGCACACCGUAUUUCUUGUAGCCUGCAAAAACGUUCUCUGAGGAACUCUGGCGGAUUCCUGGGGCGGAGGAGAGAACCACUUAAGGUGCUUGCUCACAGUCUAUAUUUCGGACAGCCCUGAUUUGUGCGACGUUUGAGUGUUUGGUUUGAUGCGCAUCAAACUUGGUUCAUCAUCAGCUGUGCUAAUAACUAGGUUAAUUGGCCACCGCUAAGACAGGCAUACCGGAGAUUAAGCUUCAAACGAUAGAGUGACUGUUGCCUCCCGUCAGUAUUCCGAGUAGAUGUAAAGAGCAGCGUCCCCACCUGAAUAUAUUCAGCUAGAUUCACACGGCACGGUUGAAAAUUCGUGCAGACGAAAAAUUAGACACCUAUCGUUCAACUCCUUGUGAACAGAGCCAAAAUAUUAAACGGUCACGUGUGAACGAACUGUCCGGUUGAAUUUUUAACCAGUCGAAAAUUCGUCUUGUGCCGUGUGAACGCAGCCUUGACAUUCGUGACAGCGCACCAAAGAAAAAGUGUCUGCAUGACUUGCCCAAUCUCCUCCCUCCCUCCCCCACUCCACACCACUACCACGACACGCACACACAGACAUCAUAAAAACGAUAGGUAUUUCAUUUAUUUAUUGGCCUCAAUAACAUAGUAAGAAGUCUGGAUAGCUAACAGAGCAAGUUUCAUGUGCACCCAAUAUCGUUCAGUCUUAUCUCAUAUGGAGGCCUGUAUGGGCGAGCGGUUAACACAUCCGAUGCCGGAUCUGAAGGUCCGGGGUUCAAGCGUCUCCAGUCGCGUUGCUUCCUAAGACUAGGAACUCUACUCCACUUUGCCGCUUUUCACCCAGGUGUAAAAAAUAUGGGUACCGGGGACAUACUGCUGGGGGGUAACACUGCGAUGGACUAGCAUCCCGUCCAGGGGGAGUAGCAAUACUCCUAGGCAUGCUGCAUGCUAAGGAAACCGGGAUAAGGUCCUGUCCUUUGGGCCUUUGGCUCUUGUGCGCCUUUACCUUUACAUCACAUGUAUCGAUCUCCUAUUCCCGAUCAAUGUGAGUCAUUUCAUAUAUUUUCAUCCCCUUCUCCAUCAAAGUAAAUCCCCAUUGACAUCAUCUGUCAUGUUCACUAAAGCCUGGUUUUCACUAGGGCAUAAGUAUAAGCAUAAGCACAAGCGCAAGAAAAACGGGUAAGUUCGUUCCUCUUGUGCUUUUGCUUAUGCUUAUGUCGUAGGUUUGACUACUGAAAACUGGGUCGACAUAAGCACAAUCAUAAGCAUAAGGCCGUGGACCAAUCAUAGGUCACUUUGACCCAGACCUCAUGCAAACAAAUCAAAAACAAUAUGGCAGACUUUUCGUCCGCCAUCUUCUUUAUCAUCGGGUUGAGGAGAGCUGGUAUCGAGAAUUGAGUCAAAUAUGCCAUUCUGUGUGUGCUUAUGUCCUUAUGCUUAUGCUUAUGCUUAUGCGCCAGUGAAAACCAGGCUUAACUAAGAAAGUUUAUGUUUGUUUUACAGACCAAACUAUCGGCGGCUUCCCCCGGUGGCAUGGUUGAGUGUGAUCUUGGGUCCGCAGAAGGCAAAAAUAUGAACAAAUCUAACGCUUUGGAUAGCGUCAUACAAACGCGGAGCAGGCGACGCAAAGCUUCCGCUUUCACGGAAAGUGAAAACCCGCCGCUAACAGGCUCUGAAACAGUCAAACCAGAUAUCUUACUUCAUCACAAGAAGAUGGAAUCACAUAUAAGUUUACUCGAUCAGCAUAGCAAAGAACAGAGAGAGAGCUUACAGCAACACCAGAAAUUACUGGAAUUUGAAAGAGGAAAAUUGCGAGAGGUGGAAGAGGAAAAAGAGCGCAAUCUCGGGCGAAUGAGAGAUUUAGAGAUCAGUUAUUCGGCUGAUAAGGAACGGCUAUUAGAAAGGGUCAGAAUUUUAGAAACAGCGUUGCAUGAGAAGGAUCAAAUUUUAACCCAGCAAGCUGUUAAUGGAGAUUUGAUAAGUAACGAGUUGGAACAAGAAAGGAUUUCAGUGAGGCAGCUUCAGAAAGAACUUGAACAGGAGCGCGAAGCAAGCUCGCGUAUGCGGAAGGCUCAGAGCGAUUUGGUGCGAGUGAGCCGAGCGCUGGAUGAAGAGACAGUCUUGAGAGACAUGCGAGAGCAGCAGCUGAGAGAAAAGGAAACUAACUUUCACGGAUUGCAGAAAACCUUAGCUGACGAACAACAAGCAAGACUUAGACUUGAAGAGGAACUACGUCAGGCAAGGGAGACCCUCGCUGAGUUAGAAAGAAGGUUAGAAAACGAACGUCUGUUAAGGGAGACAAGUCGACAAGAUAUUCAAACAAAAGAGGAGACAAUUAGAGAGCAAUUGCAACUUUUACAGCAAGAACGCGAGCUCAAGUCAGGUUUAGAGGAGCGGGUAAGAAAUAUGCAAAUUCAUGUUGACGAGGAAAGAAACAGGAGAAUUACGACUGAACGAGAACUGACUGAGGAAAGAAUCACUUUACAGCAGGAUCGAGAAAAUCUGGAAAGAGAGCGAGAAAUUUACCAGCAAAGAAUCCGCGACAGCGAACGAACGGUGUCGGAAAGCGAGGACCGAGUACGGGAGUUGCAGUCAGCGGUCGCUGCAGCCCAGGAGGCCUUGGCCGAGUAUAGGCGUCUUGAACCACGUGACUGGAUCAUCAGACGUGAUGAGGUUAUGCUGAGUGAAAAGAAUUUGGGAGUUGGAGCCUGGGGCAAGGUGUACGAAGGAACGUUUCGUGGUUGCCAGGUAGCUGUUAAGCAGAUUCACGAUCUGAUUCUUUCGCCUCAUAACCGCAGAUUGUUCGAACGAGAAAUGAGUAUUGCUUCGCGCUGUCGGCAUCCUCAUUUACUACAGUUUAUUGGCGCUACUAACGACGAUGGCAGCCCGUUAUUCAUAACUGAGCUGCUCGACACUGAUUUACGAAACGUUUUAACUCAGCGCGCGUUGCACCACGAGGAAGUGGUUUGCAUCGCUUUAGAUGUCGCCAAGGGACUCAACUAUCUUCAUCUUAACAAGCCAUUCCCCAUCAUUCAUCGCGACAUCAGUAGUUCAAACGUGUUACUAUGGAGACGCGAUGAUUGCUGGAGAGCCAAGCUGUCAGAUUACGGAGCAGCAAAUUUCAUGCGUCAGUACAUGACGUCUAAUCCGGGAGCCAGGAUAUAUGCCGCGCCUGAAUCGCAGACUUCUCAGCAGUCACCAAAGGUGAGUUCAAACUACUACUUGUUACGCGAUCUUCUGUAACUUAACCCGGAAAAUUAUCAGUUCUUAAGCCAUUUUUAGGGACUGGGUACCCUGUUCAGAGAGUGUUAACACCUAAAAAAAAAACACUGAAACCAUACCUGACUUAACACAGGGUCCCCAGUAGGUUUUUCGGGAUCCAGGAUUUCCCAUUUUUGAAGCUUGGGAUUCGGGAUUUGAAAGCAAAAUUUGGACGAGAUUCGGAUUUGAAAGCACGCGCGGGAGGUGGGAUUGAAGAACCCUAUUUGGAACCCUCUUAACUUCUUAGGGUGUGUUUGGAAUGUUGACCACAAUAAUAGGAGCUUCUAAAUUGCAAGGGCUGCUAGAGGGAUUGGUUGGUCUGUUGCUUUCUAGUCACUGCCUAUACAAAUAUAUAGAUUUAGCCAGGGCUAAAAGCGAAGCUCUCGAUAAUAUUUAUAGUUUGUUCAAACAAAAUAUAAAAUCGUGUAAUGCUAAGCGGCGAAAGGAACGCCGGAGAACGGUGAAAAACAGGGCGGAUAAAGGUUGGGCGAUGAAACGAGCGCUCCGCUCUUCAUUUAAUGUGUGAUGCGGAGUAGGACUGGCACGAGCGCUCUUUCCGCGCUUCCGGUGCGCUUGAAGGCCGGCAAAAUUUUCCUUUUUGGAAACCGGAAAUCCUAUUUUCUUUCUGUAGUUUCAGGCUACAAUGUUAAGUAGAUAAAUUCGUUUCAUAACAAUAUCAAUAAACAGUUUCAUAUGUUUGUGUCUGUACGUCUAUAAGUCAAACUUGUUGGUCGUAUAAUGCCAAAAUUUGAGUUUAAUUUGAAAGUGUUGAAUACCUCAGCCUUCCACUAAAUAUCACCUAAUCCUCUUUCGCCGUUUCGUUUGCAAAAGCUUAACACUUCUUAACCUCAAUUUUUACAUAUGUUAAAGGGGGAUAAAUUUUAUAUAACAUAACAAAAAAUUAGAUUGAUAUAUAUUGAUAUAGUGGCGUUGUACUUCUUCAAACUUUGCUUCUCGGGUACAACGCGCCAUGGCGAUUCGCGCAAUGCGUUGCAAAUCCAGCAACCGCAUGUAAACAAAAUUUAUUGAGGUUAGUUGUAAGGUUUUUACUCCGUUUUUCUCUCUAAAACAAAACAAGGGAAACAGUAAAAACUUAGGGGAAACUAAUUUUGAAGUUUCGAAGGAACAGAAAGACGUAUGACAUGUUUUUUUCAAAAUUAAAAAGAAGGAUGAUGGUGAUUGAAAUUAGCAUAAUUUCACCUUGCACGAGCUGCACGCAUUUAUAAAAUACACGUCAUCUAGUUAUGAAACAAGAUCUGCUGUCUUUUAGUUUUGCCAUGGAUGACAUGGAUGAGAUUUUCCUUAAUGUUUUAAACAGUACUUAGUUGUUUUUGUUUUGGAAUAACAUCGACAUUGGCGAGUAGCAGAACGAAAAUAUAAUUCAGUGGUAGAGUCAUGGAAGUAAUAAAAGAAACCCUUUGAAAGAGAUGUUUGUCUACUCCAACUAAACCUCCCGCAAAAAAUAGCAACAUUUGCCUCUCGGAGACAGCGUACCAGCACAAAGGAACGAGGAAGAAGUNGUCUACUCCAACUAAACCUCCCGCAAAAAAUAGCAACAUUUGCCUCUCGGAGACAGCGUACCAGCACAAAGGAACGAGGAAGAAGUGCAAGAAAACAAAUCAAGCCGCCAUAAUUCAGUGACAGCGGCAGUGUCUAAUGUACAAACCACAUCGCAAGUCCUGACCGAGGUCGAAAACAAGUGACAUUUCUAAGCAGAGUCCCAGUCCACUGCAUCACACCUUUUUGCUCGGACGCGCUCGUUUCACCGCCCAACCUUAAUCCGCCCUGGUGAAAAACAGCAAUAGGUCUAAUCAGCAAAAAAGCAACUUUGCACGUGCAGCACACUUUUUUGUACAUUUCUUUGCCGUUGUUUUGUACGACUACAACGUGAAACUUCAAGAAACUUCGUCACAUGUUUGGAGGAAAUGUCGUACGUGUUCUCGUUCACUUGUUUUUCACUGCCGCUCAUUUUCACCUUGCAUUGGUGGCCGCUAGCAUUUCUCAUUUUGUUACCCCCGCUACAAAAUUUUCAUGUUGUUCUUUCAACAAAAAAAUGUAUCCUUUUUUUCAUCUCUCGCUCUAGAUCUAUGUCGCCUUUUUUCUCGUUGAGCUUCGCUGGCCAGCCGCCUACUUUCCCUUUUUCUCUGUCUUUCUCUUGCUCUGUAUUCCAAAUUUGUGGUCAUGACAAUUCAUCAAAGCUUAAUACUGUAGACAACACGGAUACAGAAACAAUUUCCGCUUUUUUUUGUUUUUUUCGUUUUUGUCUUUAUUGACUCUUUAGUUGUCUCUGCUUUACAAGACACGGGUGGCUAUGCGAUUUCCCGCCAAAAUAACCUCGAGUUGCAUUUGGGUUGCCAUACUUGUUGAUUGAGUUAUUUUACGGUAUACCGUGGUGCGGACGGACAGUCGUUCGGUGUACGGUCACGUGAUUACCAAAUUUUCUGGGAUGGGUAGAUUUACUUACUCAUGGUGCUCCGCUCGCGCGCGCGAGAGCUCCACUAUAAUCCAUACAGUUACCGUAUUUACUCGAUUAAAGCUCACAGGUGGAAGCAAACUUGCCAAUAGACGCCGCUUGUUACCCCCGCUACAAAAUUUUCAUGUUGUUCUUCCAACAAAAAAUGACAACAUGAAAAUUUUGUAGCGGGGGUAACAAGCGGCGUCUAUUGGUAAGUUUGCUUCCACCUGUGAGCUUUAAUCGAGUAUAGCAAACUUACCAAUAGACGCCUCUUCUUCUACUAAUUAUUCAAAAAUGAUUGUCACAAAAGUGAUUGCUUGAACAUAAUCACCAAUAUAAAUCACAAAAAAACACUGAAUAAAUUCAGACUUGGUAACCAUCGCUUACAACUUGAAACAGGCAGACAUACAGUACCGAAAACUCCAGAAAAUCUUCGAAUUAGCCCUUUUUGCCCCUUAAAUGAAGUUGAACGCGAAUUUCACUUUCUAUUCAAUUGUAAUCUUUACGAUAGUCUUCGAUCUAACUUUUACGGAAACAUUAGUAAUAGAUACCCCCUUUUUAAUAAUUUUGACAAAAGUGAAAAAACCCUCUCAUAUUUAACAAUGUCGAUCCUCAUACCUACAGACUUACAUACAUACAUUCAUGUAUAGAAUAUAGACCAAACUUGUUCAUUAUUUAUAGCUUUUAUUUUGAUUUAACAUUGCUGGUUUGCACGUGACGUCACGGCGGCCAUGUUGGUGGUCAAGAACAAAAGCAUUUCUCUCCUCGGGGAACUAAACUCUAUUUUCAUGUAAAUUCUUCGAGGAAAUAUUCUUUUGUUUUGACCCCCAACAUGGCCGCCUUGUCACGUGGUUGCAAACCAAGAAUUUAUAACAUAAAUAAUGUAGGUAAUACCAUGUACUCACGUGGUAAUACUGAAAUAAAGUUUCUUUUGUUGUUGAAUUAGAAGAAUGCGACGUUUAUUGGAAGAUUAUAAGAAAAAACUCAGUAUAACUCUGUAAUCUACACCAUCUAGACAAAAAAAAUUUAUCUCAGCAAAAAAAACAAGCGAGACAUUAGAACUUUUAAUUUGAAAUACAGCUGCCCUCGAAUAAACGCUGCAUCGGAGAUACCAAAAAUUUAAUAUACGCCGCAGUGUUUAAUCGAGUAAAUACGGUACCCCUCUAAAUAGACUGCGAGCAUUCUCUUAUUUUUCUUUGCAAAGUUACCGCACGAGAAGCCCACGCACGCGAGCCGCGAUAAACGAGGGCGUCCCAAGGCCCUAUUGUAAUAUUAUUGCAAUCGCCCUGGCUGAGAUAAGAACUAGACAAAUUUUAAGAGAAAAGGCGGACUGCAAGAAGUCUACCUCUCAAUGGUUAUGGGCCCGUAUGAAAAAUGUUACAGAGAAUGUGCAAUUAUAGCGGUAUUGAUAGAGAUAAGAACGAAUGUUGAAACAGAAUUGACUUGUUUAAUAUAGAACAACAAUACACUAGUCUAUUAAGAACCCUAUGCUUAGCGUUUAAACUUAUUUAUUAUCUACCUUAGCGCGUGUAGAAAUACUUGUUAUAGGACUUGCUCUGACCAAUCAGUACACGCGAAUACUGUUACUUGCAAGGCUGUUAAUCACAAGGCUUUACCGGGAAAAUGAAACGAGUAACCAUGCACAAGGUGACUUAAGAUGUUCAGUUAAAAACUGUUCUAUAAAACAGUGAAUGUGGAUUGGAGUCAUUCCAGAGAAACAUUCUUAUCCACCUUAUUCUAACACUGCUUUUGUAUUUUUUCGUUUUUUGUUCGUUGGUUUGUCUGUUCCGUUUAUUCGUCUCGAUCUAUCUAUGCUUCGUUUUCUUGCAGGUGGAUGUUUACAGUUAUGGCUUACUGCUGUGCGAAAUGUGUAUAAGAGAACUUCCGGUUCCGCAGCAGAUCCAAGAUCAGAUAGGCCUCGUAACUAACGGUGUUCUUCGAGAGCUUAUCAUGCGAUGUGUCGCAAGAGCCCCAGAGGCACGUCCAACUAUGAAUGACGUCAUAUUCGUAUUGACGCAACAAGCAGAGUCUUUGCGGGCCGAGGGCCUGGUAACAUUAAAUGGACGAACGGCCACGCUGUAAAUUGACAGCGAUCAGAUGUGUCUUGCUUUUGCAUUUUACUGACCUCAAGAAAGAUCAGUUUCAUAGACGAGAACUAUAAGUGGACUUCUUUUCACCGGUUUAAACCAUUGCUCACGAAGAGUAGCAGAUUCAGUAGAAAUGAUGUGGAAUGUUUGCCUCUUCAUUUUUCGUAUGUUUAUAUUUUUAUCAUUCAAGACAUAUCUAAAUUUCAUUUUUAAAACCCGUUUAAACCGGUUAUUUAAAUGUAGAUCAUUUUAAUCUCUGACUGCAC